UUACAGUCUGUUAAAGUGACUCUGGAGUGUGUGUGUGUGUCCAGAUCUGUCAAACACUCUGCUGGUUGCUUGCUGCUGCUUCUGGGAGCCGAACGUCACUGAUUCAACUCGAUUUCCAGUGGACGGACCUUGUGUUCCAAAGCAUUAACCUGAGCCCCAGUGGCAAGGUCACAAUGAAAGGUGCUCAGCCGGACCUGCUCCUUGGCGCUGUGCUUCUCCUCUGCAGCUCGCUUCACCUCUGCAGCGCCAGAACUGCAUCAGGCCAGGCACCGGAGCAGAAGGAAAUCAUGAUUCGCCUGGCGGGAGAGAAGCGGACACAUCAUGAAGGGCGGGUGGAGGUUUUCUACGACGGGACAUGGGGAACAGUGUGCGACGAUGACUUCAACCUUGCCGCCGCCGGGGUGAUAUGCCAAGAACUGGGCUAUGAGAGUGCACUCGCCUGGGCCCACAGUGCAAAGUAUGGACAAGGGAAAGGUCCCAUCUGGCUGGACAAUGUGAAAUGUCGGGGUGAUGAGGCAUCUAUUGCUGCGUGUGAAUCUAACGGCUGGGGUGUUAAUGACUGCAAGCACAGCGAGGAUGUUGGGGUUGUCUGCUCGGGGAAACAGCUUGCUGGAUUUGAGCGCAAAGAGGCCUCCAAACUUCAGGACCAGAACAAGGUGGAUGAAGUCCGCAUUCGGCCGGUUUUGGCCUCUGCCAGGAGACGUAACCCGAUCACUGAAGGCGUGGUGGAGGUGAAGUAUCAGGGCAAGUGGAAGCAGGUCUGCAAUGUUGGCUGGAACUUCAACAACAGCAGGGUGGUGUGUGGAAUGCUGGGCUUCCCAGGAGAGCUCCCAGUGAACAUGAAGAUUUACAGGAAGUUGUGGGAUCAAAAGAUGAAGAACCCCAAAGCCAGGCUUUACUCAGCCACCCAGAAGAAGAGCUUCUGGAUCCACAAGGUGUCGUGCAACGGCAGCGAGUCACAUCUGACCCAGUGCACGAUCGAGGCUUCUGCUGGGAAGAAGCGGCACCCUUGUGAAAACGGGAUGCACGCGGUGAUAAGCUGUGUGGCAGGGCCCGCGUUCGCACAAGGAAGUGGGAAUCGCUUCAGGAAGGCCUACCAAGCUGAGCAACCUCUUGUGCGUCUGAAGGGCGGAGCGCAGACUGGCGAAGGAAGAGUAGAAGUCCUGAAAAACGGCAAAUGGGGAACUGUCUGUGAUGACCGGUGGAACCUUCUGUCUGCCAGCGUCGUGUGUCGAGAGUUGGGUUAUGGCACCGCAAGAGAGGCGCUAACUGGAGCAUGGCUAGGCCAAGGUGUGGGCCCCAUCCAUAUGAAUGAAGUGUCUUGCAGUGGCUUUGAGAGAUCCCUAACUGACUGUAACUUCCAGCAAGUGGGCAGCGGGAACUGUAAGCACGAAGAAGAUGCAGCUGUCCGAUGCAACAUUCCACAAAUGGGACUCAAGAAUAAGAUCCGUUUGAAUGGCGGUCGUAACUCAUUUGAAGGCCGUGUGGAGAUUCUGGUGGAAGUCAACGGCACAGUGACAUGGGGCACUGUGUGUGGUGAGAAUUGGAGACUGACCGAGGCUAUGGUAGUGUGCCGACAACUGGGCUUAGGCUUUGCCAACCAUGCAUUGCAGGAAACCUGGUACUGGCGGGGAGACCAUACCACAGACAACGUCGUCCUGAGCGGGACCACUUGCUCUGGAACAGAGCUGUCAAUCUUCCAGUGUUCUCAUCACCGUGGCCAUGUUGAGUGCCCGCGAGGUGGGGGACGUUUCGCUGCUGGAGUCAUCUGUGCCGAGACUGUUCCUGACCUUGUGCUGGAUGCCCAGUUAGCUCAGGAGUCCGCGUACCUCGAGGAUCGGCCCCUCCACAUGCUCUACUGUGCCCAUGAGGAAGGCUGCCUGUCAAAGUCAGCCGACGGAAUGAACUGGCCACAUGGACAUCGCCGGCUGCUUCGCUUCUCCUCACGGAUACUGAACAUCGGCAGGUCAGAUUUUAGACCAAAGGCUGGACGACACGCCUGGAUCUGGCACAGCUGUCACGGACACUAUCACAGCAUGGAGGUCUUCACGCACUAUGACCUUUUGACCCUGAAUGGCAGCAAGGUCGCAGAAGGACACAAAGCAAGCUUCUGUCUAGAAGACUCAGACUGUGAAAGAGGCAUCUACAAACGAUAUGCAUGUGCCAACUUCGGGGAUCAAGGUGUCACCGUGGGUUGCUGGGACCUCUACCGCCAUGACAUCGACUGUCAGUGGAUAGACGUCACUGAUGUUAAACCAGGAAACUACGUCUUUCAGGUCCACAUCAAUCCCAAUGCGGAAGUGGCCGAGUCAGAUUUCUCCAACAAUAUUGUGAAGUGCCGGUGUAGAUAUGAUGGUUUCCGUAUCUGGAUGUAUGGUUGCCACACAGGUGAUGCCUUCAGCACUGCAAUUGAGGACCAAUUUGAACAUCAGCUUGCCUUGUCCAACAACGUGUCUUAACAGGAGAGACGUCACUUUCAAUACCAGGCAAUACCUCGGACCUCCUGCCCUGGAUAUGUGCCCUCACCCCAUUCAGAAUUAGGCUACCAUUUGGGCUAUCCAUGUGACUCAGUUGAGGAAAAAGUCAGCAACUGAAUGGGUUUUGGGAAUACAGUCUGAUUGUGCACUAGGAACUUGUGGUCAUGUCCCAGUUGAAAUGAUAAAAGUCGUUGGGGGUAAUCUUGGCUUUUAGCACCAGGCAAGAAAAAAAAGGGCGCAAGGUUUUUUUUUGCCUGAUGAGAAAAGUCAAUAAUAACCCUCUCUCUGUGUGUGGUUUAUUUUUCUUCUGUUUUUAAAUUUUAUUCAAAGUGGAUUUCAUAACCUCAAUACUUGCACAUUGAAUUAUUUGAGGAUAUUUUUUGAAAGAUCUAUAUAAAUAUAUAAUAAACAAAAGGGAAUGUACACGGUGUUCACAUUCUAUCAGGCAUUUUUCACUCUUUGGUGUAGCUGGUGUUAUGUUACAGUAUAACGGAAAAGGUCUGCUGUAACUGUUAAAUAUUACCUGGUUAACUUCAACAGAAUUCACAAGGUAAAUGGAAUUAAAGCGAUGGUAAUACACUCCCCAUUGUUUAUGGAGGGUGUAUUCCUGCACAUGCGAUUUGCCCACUAUAUAUGAUAGCCAAUAUGACGAGCUGGUGCUAUUACAGGGAACAUGCAAUUGUCCCCCUGGAUGUACUGAGGAGGCCAGUUAACUGCUGGCUGCAUCAGGUUCCCAGAGUCCACAGUAUUUUGCUAGAGGAGUAGUACGUGGUUCAGAAUAACAUCAACAACACAGAUUUGAUUCUCAUUCCGGCUGAGGGCAGACUUGCCUCCUAGACCAUAAGGAGCAGAAGUAGGUCAUUCGGCCCAUCGAGUCUGCUCCGCCAUUCAAUGAUCUGAUAACUCUCAUCUCCACUUUCUUGCCUU